GGCGGGGCGGGAGGGCGGGACGGGCGGGCACUGGGUUGGGACCGUGCCCAUGGCGGAGGAGGCUCGGGCCGCCGUGGCUCAUGGGGGUCCCGCUCUGGCGGCGGCGGGCGGAAAGUACAGAUAAAAAUGGGAAAAAGGCGUCUUUCCAGACUGACAGUGCUGCCUAAUGCCACAACAGCCACGCAGAUGGAAGCAUUUCUAUGGGUGAAGGACUGAAUGAAGUAAGUAGUGAUUGCCAUGUGAAGGCAGCAGGAAAAAGAGGAAUUGCUAAGGACUUGGAAGAAAUAACAAGGUUUCACAAAAUGAGGCUGCAAAUGAAUGGAUGGAUGCUAACACUGAGAAGUCAAGGAUUAAAGGUUCUCAAGCAUUUCUGUACCGUGGACCGCAUCUUAAUGCAAGGAAGUGUCUUUCAGACCUCGUGUACAGAAAGCCAGUUCCUCCAGUCCUUUGGUGUUGGCAGUAAAAUACAAUCAGCAGCGCAGCUAAGGCUUGGUGUUAUCCUCUUUGGUGUGCUCACAGGCAAUUUACUGCCCUUUCACUUGCCCAUCAAAAAUAUGCAGUUUCCUGCAUACUACAGCUCCAUCAGGCGAGAAUGGAUCUUUGGGGUUGUUUGGUGCAAUUUCUCAGCCCUGCUCUACAUGCUGAUCAGCUCAGCCAGCAUGCUCACUCUGGGACUCAUAGCUAUAGACCGGUACUACGCUGUGCUGUACCCGAUGGUUUAUCCGAUGAAGAUAACGGGCAACAGAGCAGUGGUAGCUCUUGUGUAUGUGUGGCUGCAUUCCCUUAUUGGCUGCCUCCCUCCCCUUUUUGGCUGGUCCUCCUUGGAGUUUGACCAAUUCAAGUGGAUGUGUGUGGCAGCCUGGCACAAGGAGGCUGCCUACACAGCAUUUUGGCAGAUCUGGUGCGCACUGCUGCCCUUCGUGGUCAUGAUGAUCUGCUAUGGAGUCAUAUUCCGUGUGGCAAGGAUUAAAGCCCGCAAAAUUCACUGUGGGAGUAUUGUCAUUGUGGAGGAGGACUCGCAGAAGAAUGGGAGGAAGAACUCCAGCACCUCCACAUCCUCCUCUGGCAGCCGAAGGAACGCUUUCCAAGGGGUUGUUUACUCAGCCAACCAGUGCAAAGCUUUCAUAACCAUCUUGGUUGUCAUUGGGGCUUUUGUCAUUACGUGGGGACCUUACAUGGUAGUAAUAACAUCAGAGGCACUUUGGGGUAAAAACAGUAUCUCCCCUGCUUUGGAGACAUUGGCUACAUGGCUGUCCUUUUCCAGUGCCAUUUGCCAUCCGCUAAUUUAUGGGCUGUGGAACAAAACAGUGCGCAAGGAACUCCUGGGAAUGUGCUUUGGGGAUCGGUAUUACCGCAAGUCCUUUGUUCAGCAGCAUAGGACAUCAAGGCUCUUUAGCAUUUCCAACAGGAUCACAGAUUUGGGACUGUCUCCUCACCUUACUGCCCUCAUGGCAGGUGGGAGGCCACUGGGAAACAGCAGCAGCACAGGAGACACAGGUUUCAGCUGCUCACAGGAUUCAGGAACAGAUACAAUGCUUCUUGAAGAUUAUUGCUCAGAUGGCCCUCAUGCCAUGCACUGCAUCUGUCCCCCUCGAAGGAGGAGUUCAGUGACAUUUGAAGAUGAAGUGGAACAAAUUAAAGAGGCUGCAAAGAAUUCUGUUCUUCAUGUAAAAGCUGAAGUCCAUAAAUCUCUGGACAGUUAUGCAGCCAGUCUGGCCCGAGCUAUAGAAGCUGAUGUGAAACUCAGCCUGUUUGGGGAAGAUGCUUUACCAGGAGCCCUGUUCCCCUCGUGGACUCUGGCAGGAAGCAGUGGGAACACCCGGCGUGGUGCCAGGCCCCAUGGCAGCCAAAGACUGAAGCUGAAGAGCAUUGAUGAAGGGAACAUUUGACACGAGCACUGGAGUGGGAAAACAGAAUGAAACCACUAAGCAGGGCCUACUGCAGCUGGUAGUGUUUCACCAGAACCAGGACACCUUGUUGGGAUGUUUCCAGUGUUUUUUCACAUGGAAACAGCUGGGUUCUGGUGCUUGCAUUAGCAUUUUAUAGCACUGUUUGUUUACUGGUUGGGGUGCUACUGACUCUUCUGCACAUCAUUAUCACACAGCACAUAGGAAAGCAGGGCUUGGUUUCAUUGACCAUGUCAUUAGUCAGUUGAAUCUUGGGUCCAUUGGCCAAAGCUGAUACAGGAACAAAACAGAAGCAAAUGGACUUAAGGACCAAGGGUUUGCAUUUGUUUACUCUGUGUCUGCGUCUCCCUUUCCCCAGAAGUGCUUUGUAUGAGGUUUUGCUGCAAAUUGCUUGGAAAUCAUGAUUGGGAUGUUUCCAUCUGGGUAAAAAUGGGGUGUACACUCAUUGAGUUUUGUCUUUGUAUGACUUACUCAGAGGCAGAGAAGCGAAGUGUUGUGAGGCAUCCUCGGUCCAGUACUGUAUUUAGACAUCCUAUUUGUCUUUGUUUUUGACUCAGAGAUGUAUUUCAGCACAAGCUCAUAUCCAUCUCUGGACAAAGCAACUUGACUUUUUGAACUAGCCUGAAUCCCAUUGCAUUCCCAUGUAAAAUAUAACUGCAUGCUUAAAAUUCAGUACAUGGUUUGCUGUACAGGCAAACAUGGUUUAAGAACAGGCUGUUAGAGCAAGAACCCUUAAUCUCCAGAAAGAUGGCUCUUAGCAUAAUGCAGGAAUAAAUAAAUUAAUAAUAGGGAGGUUCUAACUCCUGCAUUUUGUACUUCUAAUGUGUUAGAGAGAUUGCACCUGUGGGCACUCAUUAGGAAAGAAAGAAUCAAAAAUCCAAGUAUUUGCCAGGAAACGCUCUGCAGCAAGGUCAUUAUUGCUGUUGUUAUUGUUACCAUUCCAAUCACAGUCCCUUGUAGUAUUCAACACUCCUUAAGCUGUGCACUUGCCUGGAAGGUUUUUUUUGUGCAUCCUUUUUAUUCCAUACUCCUGCUUGAAACAAGUUGAGCAGAGCCAUUGCUGAAUGUCAGAAGGGCACACACGAGUAUGAGUGCAGUGUUGAGGAGUAGGUGCUGGCCCAAAACGCUGUGUUUAGGAGAAAAAAAAUCCAAGGCACGUGUGGAAACACAAAAUAGAUGGUAUUGUGUAAAAAGCACAUUUUUCACACAGGUACUGAGACAAAUAUAGCCUUCAAGCAGAUCGGGGGCUUGCAAGAGUUUACACCGUGGCUGAAUUCGGCUGCCUAAGUCACUAAUCUGUUAUUUAGUGUAAAUAUUGUUCGUAUUUUUGUACACACACUAUAACCCUUCCAUAACUCUGUUAUUACCAGACUCGUUCUCUCAGUUGAGUUGUCAUUAACAAAAGCAGAAAUUGAGAAAUGCACACGUUUUGUAAAACUGUAUUUCCCAUCUUAAAUACAGAAGAGAAAAAAACCCAACUUAUUUCCGGUUCCUGA